AUGCGUUUCCUUACAGUGGGUUUUGUUGCCGUUCUAGUCAUUGCAAUCCACAUGCAUACAGCUGAUGCCGUACCGUUGAGAAGACUCACUCGCAGAGCUAACAAUCGCGGCAAGGCUCAAUAUGAUCACGUUACAAGGCCAUCUGGCACCGAAUUGACCUUUAUCGAUAAGCGACAAACUGGAACAGAAUAUCCUAGUGGUGAUUCUUCUGCUGCUGCUUUUGCUCGUGCUUUUAUUAGUACUUUUGUUAGUGCUCUUCCAGGACAGGUUGGCACAACCUCUGACAAUGGAGCAAGUUCUGGCAGUGGAGCAAGUUCUGGUAGCGGCACGACCACUGGUGGCCGCAAACCUUCUCGAAGAGACACCAAAACCUUUUAA